GAGGAAGCGAGGGGCGGUGCGCCGCUGGGGCCGGAGCAAAAGGAAGAAAGAGGCAGAGGGAAGCUCACCGAGCACAGGCGAGGUCCCGGGAGCGAGCGCGACAUCGGGUCAAAUGAGGAAGCUGAGUCCACUCAACUAGAAGAGAAGCAAAGACAAAGUCAUCAUGGCUUCAGUGUCUACGCAUGAACACCAAGAUAAAGGUCCCCAUUUGCCACCACCAAGCAAGCAGAGUCUGUUGUUUUGUCCAAAAUCAAAACUGCACAUCCACAAAUCAGAGAUUUCAAAGAUUAUCCGGGAAUGUCAAGAAGAAAGUUUCUGGAAGAGAGCUCUGCCUUUUUCUCUUGUAAGCAUGCUUGUCACCCAAGGACUGGUCCACCAUGGUUAUUUAGCAGCUAAUCCAAGAUUUGGAUCAUUGCCUAAAGUUGCACUUGCUGGUAUCUUGGGAUUUGGCCUUGGAAAGGCAUCAUACAUAAGAGUAUGCCAGAGUAAAUUCCAUUCCUUUGAAGGUCAGCUGCGUGGGGCUGGUUUUGGUCCAGGGCAUAACAGGCACUGCCUGCUUACCUGUGAGGAAUGCAAAACAAAGCAUGGAUUAAAUAAGGAGGGAAGUUCACAGCCUUCGACUUCCUAAACUCUGUCUGUGGGUUUUCAAGUUUCCAAAAACAUCUGAAUUUGUACACCUUUAAAAUGUCAAAUGUACUUUAAAAUAAUUUACUUAUAGUAGAACAGAAACAUUGUGAUUCUCUCACUCUAUUGAAAUGCUUUCGCCGGUUGAUUCUCCAUUGAAUUGAGCAUUCCAUGUUUUUCUGUUGUUUAAGAACAUGUUGGGAGCAUUCAUACACCAAAAGAAAUUCUGUUGCAGUCUUACUUGCUUACAGUUAAAUAAAAGAAUUUAGAGUCUUCUCUGA